UUGACGAUUUUGAGGUAAAAAAUUGCAAUGGGUAGCCUAGGGGAGGAAGAGCUGGUUCGAAUGGUGAGAGAUUUCAUUGAAUCAGAAACACCCACUUCCUUUUCGCUCACAACUUCAACACCUCUUUCUCUCAAUCAUCGACACAUUUUGCAGGAAGUUCUAGGGAAACACACAGAUGAGGAGGCUGAAAUACAUGAAAAGAUAUUAACGUAUUUGAAAGAUACGGGGCAUCAGACAAACAAUCAGAAGAAGUUGAUAGUAAUGAAACUGAGAAAUGAUGGUUAUGAAGCUUCUCUUUGCAAAACUUCAUGGGUCUGCACUUCUGGCCUUCACAAAGGUCUCUUUCUCUCUCUUAUUGAUCAGAUGAAAAAAAUUCUUACAUUAAUCCUUCAUGAACACAUAUUGAAUGGUUUUUGUUUCUUUGUUUUUUUUGGGUUUCAAGUCUUCCAAUUUCCAGAUGGGUAUGAGUAUAUUGAUGUAAUGGUGGUGGAGAAUGGUAGACAAAAACGGAUAAUAGUGGAUAUGGAAUUCAGGUCUCAGUUUGAAUUAGCAAGGCCAACCGUAAGCUACAAAGAGAUGAUAAAAAAUCUUCCAUUCAUCUUUGUUGGUUCUGAAGAGAAGCUUAACAGGAUCAUCCCUUUACUUUGCUCAGCUGCUAAAACAUCACUCAAAGAGAAUGGUCUCCAUGUUCCUCCAUGGAGAAAACCUGCUUACAUGCAGGCCAAAUGGCUCUCUAAAAACUGCAAAAAGGUUUCAGUCUCACCACAAGACAUUGACUUGGUUGAGGAUCAUCAUCAUAAAACUGAACAAAAAGGUAGUACCACAUGCUUUCCUUCCAUUUUCAGUAGAGGUCAACACCAACAUUGUUUGUAGCCCAGAAGAGGGAAAAAAAAAAAAAAGCUACUAUGUGCAAGGGUUUGUUCUCUGCCUUUUUUUUUUUUUUUGAACUUUUUGUACUUCUUUUCUUUCUGGGCAGAUCAGCCUGUUUUUGAUCAUGGGGUAUCAAUAUUUUAUCCUCUCCAAAAUGGGUUUUUUUUCCUUUUGUUGGAGCUCCAAAAAUAUAAUUUAGGGUUUGUUAGACUAAUGUUUUGAUCAUGUAAAUGUAUAUUUUUUUUC